UAGAACAGACGUGCCCACACACAAUCACACACCAUGACGCGAUGCUCGUAAAUGCCAUUGUGUUUUCGAGAAUCGUAUAAAGUACGAUUUAGCAGAACACUCCCGCGCGACGUUGGUUACUCGGUUACGGCGUCAGUCGCUAUUGGACCAUCGUAACGUGAAUAACUACGCGAGUGAGACCGAUUCAAAACACAUAAACAAAAAUGGUUAACUUUACAAGGCUUUCAAUCAUAAAAUUAUUUGAACUUAUCUUAGUAUGUAUCCUUAUCGGAUUGCAUUACCACUCUUUUAAGGGGGAUUCGGAUAUAGAGAUGAUCACAAUGGGUACCUUUGGUGGAUACCUCAUUAUUUUAGUCGGCUUGUUUGCUGGCAGUAUAAUGGGAACUCCAGUUAAUCGUCGUGUGGACCUUUUCUUCUCGUUGAUUGGUUGUGUAUUAUUCAUAGUUACUGGCGCCUUGAAUAUCAAAUUCUUCGAUGAAUAUAUACAGAAAGGCUCAUUGCGUGACACAGGCUUAACAAAAGGCUCCAUUAGUAUCAUUCAAGCUGCACUUUUCCUCAUUGAUUCUUUUCUUACAUUUAGAGGGGAAGCUUAACAAACAAAAAACAUAUUUCAACGCUAUCGAAGGACUACAUAGUCAGCAUUCGAUGAUGUUAAUAAACGUAGGCAUAUUUCGUUUUUAAUCAAGAAGUGUUAUCGAUGUUACAUAUACUGCCAAAGACGGCUGACACUCUCUCUUUUUUUAUUUUAUACAUAUAUAUUUAUAUAUAUAUAUAUAUAUAUAUAUAUAUGUAUUAAAAAAUCCACGUUUCAUAAGAAAACGUUGAGAAACGAAGUUACGCUUAUUAAACUCAAAUAAAAAUAGACUAGAGGUCGGACGAAAAGUAUUGAAAGUACAAAAAGGAUAUAAAGCCCAUUUAGUUUUGCUAUUAUCGAUUAUUAAACU